AUGUCGGAGUCGGUGGUGAUUUUCAAGGACUUCAUGCGUCUUGCUCUAUUCUUUUACAAGACAAUUGGCAUCGACCCGUGCGAGCCCAAUGAUAUCAGUGGAGCUGUAAAGUUCUGGCAUUAUUUUAACUUUUUGCUCAACUUGGGAAAUCUAAACUUUGGCAUUAUCUGUGAAAUUGUGUAUGUGGUUCGAGCAUUCAAGAACAACGAACACUUUAUAGAGGCCAUCAUGAUGUUGUCAUGCAUGGGUUACUCUUUAGUUGGCGAAUGCAAGAUGAUCAGCGGGUGGAGACAAAAGACAAAACUCAGCGAGCUGGUCCAACAAUUGGAGAAUAUGUUUCCUAGUCAACAACAGGAGCAUCAACGGCACUAUAAAGUACAUCGAUAUCUAAGACUUUGUCGCCUGGUAACGCGAGGAUUCAGCGGAAUGUAUGUUCUCCUCAUUGCCACUUACAGUCUUGGAGGUAUUAUAAUUUAUUUUGUGCUUUGGCCUAACGGCGAGAGAACACUUCCCUAUACACCAUAUGCUCCAUGGGAUUGGCACGACAACUGGACCUUCUAUCCAUUGUAUGUAUCUCAGGCCAUAGCUGGAUUCACGGCCACGUCAGGACACAUUUCCAGCGACGUAAUGAUCUACGCCGUUUUGACACAAGUGAUAAUGCACUUUGACUAUUUGGCCACCAGUUUCGAGAGCUAUACGAUUCAAGCAGUCGAUCUAAAGGAUAGGCAUUCCAAAAACAUGCAAGAAUUGCAAGCGAAGAUUAUCUAUCACAACAAACUGCUAGACUUUGUGGAUGCUAUCAAUGUUAUCUUCGGUGUUCCCCUUCUGCUCAACUUCUUUGCCUCUUCAGUGGGUAUAUGCUUUCUGGGUUUUCAAAUGAGUAUUGGACUUAGUCCUGAAAUGGGCAUUAAAGUGGCAUUCUUUUUAGCAUCAUCCUUGGUGCAAAUAUAUCUUAUUUGCUACUUCAGUCAACUGUUAAUUGAUGCGAGUGCCAAUAUAUCCACCGCCGUAUACAAUGCAGACUGGUCUGGUGCAGAUGUACGUUAUAGGAAGAUGCUUAUUCUAAUAGCUCAGCGAGCACAAAGGCCCGUUAAUCUCAAAGCUACUAUUUUUUUAGACGUUUCUAUGUGGACCAUGACAGAGUUCGUCCAAAUGUCCUACAAGUUUUUUGCUCUACUACGAACCUUAUACAGGAUAUAA